AUGGAUGAUAGAGUUGUGUUGAAAAUUUAUUAUUACGGGCAGAUUUUAUUGGAAACAUAUGAGGGGGUUCAAUUUGUGUGUGAGAAUCCAUUAGAUGUUGUUAUUCCGUUCAUAUUAUCAUUUGAGGAAUUGAAAGGGGUGAUUUGUGAGAAGAUAGAUUCUCAAAGAUUUAGGAGAGUAUCGUGUAUUUUGUACCGGUAUCCGUUAUCUGUGUUUGGUGGGUUCGUUCAAUUUCAGACCAAGUAUGUCACAGAUGAAGCGAGUAUGCAUGAAAUGUUUUCAUUGUAUAUGGAUAAUCGCCACCGAAUGUCGUGCAUCGAGUUGUAUAUUGAGUUUGAGCAAUCCGAAGCAGACCGUAACAUUGAGUUGGAAGAUUAUAAUAGUGAAAGCGAGGAUGAAUUUGAAAGUAACUACGAGAUCGUUGGUCCAGGUGAAGACGAAGAUGAAACUGGCGGUGAUAUGAACGCAGAUGUGGUAGAAGUUGCAAAUGCAGUAGCAAACCCGCAUCCGUUUCAGGAGCCUUCUUUCAUGCGGUCGUUGGAUUUGGAGGCUAUGCACGCAUCGGAGUUUCCGCAAUAUAUGAAUUCAGCCCUUCCUGUUGUGGCGGAUGGUGAGUUCACAGUGGGGAUGAAAUUCAGUUCAAGGGAGGCAGUAAUCAAGGCAAUGAAAGAUUAUACCAUCCGAAGAAGUGUAGACUAUCGGGUAUAUGAGUCGGAACCCACGACAUUCUAUGCCAAAUGUACAGAAUAUGGCAAUGGUUGUGACUGGUUGAUCAGGGUAACCAAAAUGCAGAAGAAGUACUGUUGGGAGAUAAGCAGGUACAAUGGAAGUCACACGUGUACCAGGUCAACUAUUUCUCAAGACCAUUCGAAGCUGGAUUCGAAGACAGUUGCAGAAGCAAUUAAGCCGUUGGUAGAAGUUGACCCGUCUAUAAAGGUGAAAUCAAUCAUUGCUGAAGUCCAGUCAAAGUUUAACUACACCAUCAGUUAUCGCAAGGCUUGGUUAGCAAAGCAGCAGGCGGUGGAAUCAAUUUUCGGUGGUUGGAAAACAUCGUAUGAAGCUUUGCCCAUAUGGUUUGAGGCCAUGUGUCAAAAGGAGCCAUCCGCAGUGGUUCACUUUGAAACAAUGCCUACUUACCAGGGGGAUGAUUUGGUUCCUGAUAUACGUGUACUGCAUAGAGUCUUUUGGAGCUAUUAUCCUUGUAUAAGGGCCUUCAGACACUGCAAGCCAGUGGUGCAGGUGGACGGGACUCAUUUGUAUGGAAAAUACAAGGGUUGUUUAUUGGUUGCAAUCUCACAGGAUGGUAAUAACAACAUAGUACCUAUUGCAUUUGCCAUAGUGGAGGGAGAGACUUCGGAUGCAUGGUACUUUUUCCUGAGUAACUUGCGUCAACAUGUGGUGACACGUGAUGGAGUGGGACUUAUCUCUGAUCGACACGAUUCUAUUAGGUCAGCUAUUGAAAGAAGUAAUGGUGCUUGGUCUCCUCCUAGAGCAUUCCAUAUGUUUUGUAUCCGGCAUAUUGAGUCAAACUUCUUGAGGAAGUUCAAGGCACCUUACUUGCAGAAGCUCAUCGUCAACAUUGUGUACGUUCAUGAUGUAUACAAGAUGGACCAAGUUCGAAGAGUAUACAGGGCUAGGUUUAGGCCACUCGAGAAUCCUGCAACAUGGCCUGCUUACCAGGGGCCUCGAUUCGUUGGAAACCCGUUCCUCAGACGUGUUGCCAAAGGUCGUCUGAAGACGACCCGCUUCUUGAAUGAGAUGGACACUCGUAUGUUACGUCGCCCUAGGCGAUGCAAGCAAUGCGGUGGCGAGGGUCAUAAUCGAAGUAGAUGUCGUCAAAUUGGUGGACCUAGUGCUGGACCAGCCGACGAUUAG